CCCCCGCGACAACGAGACGUCGACUAGCGCAGCUUUUACAAAAGCAUAGAAAUAAGGUGAAGUUUCAUUAAAAAUGCCGAGUGGGAAAAACUUUAGGAGGAGAAAGGAUUCCUCUGAUGUCGAGGAGGAUGAGACAACUCAAGCAGUCAGGACAAAAGUAGAGGAGGCCAAAGAACUUCAGUCUUUGCGGAAACGACAGACUGGAGUCAGUGUGACUGCCUUGUUGGUAGGAGAGAAACUGCCACCAGAUGCUGAGACUGAUAAUGACCCUUUCAAGCUGAAAACCGGAGGGGUUGUAGACAUGAAGAAAAUCAAAGAUAGGAAUAGGGACAUGACAGAGGAUGAGACUGACCUCAACCUGGGGACCUCCUUUUCAGCUGAAACUAAUAGAAGAGAUGAGGAUGCAGACAUGAUGAAAUAUAUUGAGACAGAGCUGAAAAAGAAGAAGGGCCUUGUGGAAGCUGAGGAACAAAAAGUUAAGGUGAAGAAUGCGGAGGACCACCUGUAUGAGCUGCCCGAGAGCAUCCGAGUGAACUCUGCCAAGAAGACAGAGGAGAUGUUAUCCAAUCAGAUGCUGAGCGGGAUCCCAGAGGUUGACCUUGGCAUUGAUGCAAAGAUAAAGAACAUUAUCUGUACAGAGGAUGCAAAGGCCAAGCUGCUGGCAGAACAGAGGAACAAGAAGAAAGACAACGGCACAUCAUUUGUGCCCACCAAUAUUGCUGUCAACUACGUCCAGCACAACCGCUUCUAUCACGAGGACGUGAAUGCACCACAGAGACACCACAGACACAGAGAAGAGCCCAAAGCAAGGCCACUGCGUGUGGGUGACACAGAGAAACCAGGUCCAGAGGUGGCAACACCACCCAACUACCGUAAACGUCCCAACAAUGAAAAGGCUACAGACGACUACCAUUAUGAGAAGUUCAAGAAGAUGAAUCGACGAUAUUGAGGAACUGGGUGUUUCUUUGACUCAAAAUUAUGUCCGACUUUUUAGAGACUGAAGCAUCAAAAUUGGCCAUAAAGAUAAUUUGCAGACUGGUUUGCCCAAUUAAAUUGAACAGAGUGGACUCCCAUGACAGUGUUGUACUUUGUAAAUACUGUACAUAUCGCCAAAUAGUGGUUUUCGAUUUGAAGUUCAUUUGCUUUGUAUUAUGUUAAAAGGGAGGAUCGUAUUUCAUAAUUAUCUGAUGACCAACAACAAAUAAGAUCAAUAUCUGUUUAGGAACUCAGCAAUAAUAUUGAUGUUUAAGUGAGUGGUGGUCCUAUUCAUGGAGAGGAAAUCUGAAAUCAAAGACAAAUGCAUUUUAUUCUACUGUCAAGUUGUGACUUUUAGUUGUAGAAUUCAGUCUUUAUUAAAAACAUAAAACAUU